CGUCACGUGGGCAGGCGCGCUCCAAUGGGCGGCGCCGCGACGCCUUGAGGUUCCCGGCGUCCUGCGCGGCGACGGUGGUGGGGUGGUAAGAUGGCGGCUGUGAGUUUGCGGCUCGGCGAUCUAGUGUGGGGGAAACUCGGCCGCUAUCCUCCGUGGCCGGGAAAGAUUGUUAACCCUCCCAAGGACUUGAAGAAACCACGAGGAAAGAAAUGCUUCUUUGUGAAGUUUUUUGGAACGGAGGAUCAUGCCUGGAUCAAAGUGGAGCAGCUGAAGCCGUAUCAUGCACACAAAGAGGAAAUGAUCAAGAUUAACAAAGGCAAACGGUUCCAGCAAGCUGUGGAUGCCGUGGAGGAGUUCCUCAGGAGAGCCAAAGGGAAAGACCAGACAUCAUCCCACAGUUCUGCUGAUGACAAGAAUCGGCGUAAUUCCAGUGAGGAGAGGAGUAGGCCAAACUCAGGUGAUGAGAAGCGCAAGCUUAGCCUGUCUGAAGGGAAGGUGAAGAAGAACAUGGGAGAAGGAAAGAAGAGGGUGUCGUCAGGCUCUUCAGAGAGAGGCUCCAAGUCCCCUCUGAAAAGAGCCCAAGAGCAAAGUCCCCGGAAGCGGGGUCGGCCCCCAAAGGACGAGAAGGAUCUCACCAUCCCCGAGUCCAGCACUGUGAAGGGGAUGAUGGCCGGCCCCAUGGCUGCCUUCAAGUGGCAGCCGACCGUGAAUGAGCCCGUAAAAGAUGCAGACCCCCAUUUCCAUCACUUUCUGCUCAGCCAAACGGAGAAGCCGACUGUCUGCUACCAGGCCAUCACAAAGAAGUUGAAAAUCUGCGAAGAGGAGACAGGGUCCACCUCCAUCCAGGCAGCAGACAGCACAGCCGUGAAUGGCAGCAUCACACCCACAGACAAAAAGAUAGGAUUUUUGGGCCUUGGCCUCAUGGGAAGUGGUAUCGUCUCCAACUUGCUAAAAAUGGGUCACACAGUAACUGUCUGGAAUCGGACUGCAGAAAAGUGUGAUUUGUUCAUCCAGGAGGGGGCCCGCCUAGGAAGAACCCCCGCUGAAGUCGUUUCUACUUGUGACAUCACCUUCGCCUGCGUGUCGGACCCAAAGGCAGCCAAGGAUCUGGUGCUGGGCCCCAGUGGAGUGCUGCAGGGCAUCCGCCCCGGGAAGUGCUACGUGGACAUGUCGACAGUGGAUGCUGACACAGUCACCGAAUUGGCCCAGGUGAUUGUGUCCAGGGGGGGCCGCUUUCUGGAAGCCCCGGUCUCAGGGAAUCAGCAGCUGUCUAAUGAUGGGAUGCUGGUGAUCUUAGCAGCCGGAGACAGGGGCUUAUAUGAGGACUGCAGCAGCUGCUUCCAGGCCAUGGGGAAGACCUCCUUCUUCCUAGGUGAGGUGGGCAACGCAGCCAAGAUGAUGCUGAUCGUGAACAUGGUCCAGGGGAGCUUCAUGGCCACCAUCGCCGAGGGGUUGACCCUGGCCCAAGUGACAGGCCAGUCUCAGCAGACACUCUUGGAUAUCCUCAAUCAGGGACAGUUGGCCAGCAUCUUCCUGGACCAGAAGUGCCAAAAUAUCCUGCAAGGCAACUUCAAGCCUGAUUUCUACCUGAAGUACAUUCAGAAGGAUCUCCGCUUAGCCAUCGCGCUGGGUGAUGCAGUCAAUCACCCCACUCCCAUGGCGGCUGCAGCCAAUGAGGUGUACAAAAGAGCCAAGGCACUGGACCAGUCUGACAAUGACAUGUCUGCCGUGUACCGAGCCUAUAUACACUAAGCCCUCCACCCUGCCCCCAUCUCCCUCCUGACCCCUGCUCCUCACAUGGGGUUGGGGUCCUGGGACUUAACUCUGGACCAGUCCACCUCUCCAUCUCCUUUUAUACAGACUGAGACUCGCCAUCAGCACAGCACACAACAUCUCCCCUCCCCUGGAGGUCCUGGGGAUAAGGGGUGCCAGCAGGAUUGGCCCUUGGGAAGCUCUGAGCUCAGCCCUGACCCUGAACUAGGUGGCGAUGUGCUGACACACUUGCGCACACCCAGCACACACACUGGCUCUCAUCCCGGGCUAGAAGCUGCCCAGAAACUGCUGCCUGGCUUUUUCUCCCUUCUAAGUUUAGCUCAGACCCUUCCAGUCAAGAAACAAAAAUCAGCAUUGAUAAUUGGAAACCUUCCCACUGUUCUUCCAAUGCAAAGAGGCUGUAGUCAUGUUCACAUGUGCCCCAGUGGACCCUGCAGAGAAACACCGGACCUGGAUGAGCCAGCAUGGACUAACCAGGAGGGUCCUGUGGGACCACCAACCUCAGGUGACCAGCUAAUGAGGACUGUCAUGCUUGUGCUACCAGCGUACAACCAGCUCUCCAUAAAUGCCUUUGUGAUGGAACAGAGGUAGCCAGAGUGCAGGCAGGGCUCUGGCUUCCCCGAGAGAAGCGAAUGUCCUGCCUGUAGAUGAGCCUCCUGAAGCCCACCGUGGAUGUGUGAUGAUGCUCUGCCCUUUGCACCUGUCCCACACGUCACCACCGGUUUGGACCCUGGACUGGGAUCACACUUGCUGGCUUGAGGCGUAGAGGGAGCCACUCUUGCCCGUGCUGUGUUAGUGUUUAGAUGUGCAUUCCAGCCCUUGGGAAGGGGUCCUGAGGGCCACAGCGAGCAGUGGAGAGAGGGAGAGGGCUCCCUCCUGUUUCCGUUAUGCCAGACUCUUCAUCUGGUUCUGCAGAGCCUCUAACAUGGUCCACCCACAUCCCAGCCCCGACCUCUGUACCAAGCCCCACCCAAGAUAAAUACUCUCUGUCUGCCCCUUCUUUGAUCUUGGCCCAGCCUCACCGAUGACAUGUCUUAUUCUUGGCUCUGAGAAUGGAACGGACUGAGUCUCCUUGAACCUCAGCCUGCAGCUUGGCCGUCAGUGCUUCCAGGAGGGAAGGAGAGCUGGACCUAACUAACCGCCAGACCCUCAGAGGUGGACUCAAGGCCCUGGCCUUUCUCCUUGGAUCAAGGCGGGGCGGGUGGGCCGGCUUGGAAUGUGGCACAAGAAGAACUUCAGUGCCCUCUCCUGAUGCAGGGAUGAGUUGGGCUUUCCAAAGUCACACUUUGCAGGUCUGCAUUUAUAGUGAAUAUAAGAUAAAUCUAUCUAUAACGAGGAGCCCAUGCUGGUGUUCCAGCCGGGACCUGGUGCCUGCGGGGUCUGGGCACAGUUCAUUUCACUGGGAAUUUUUUCUGUCUCAACACGAGCCUAUUCUGGUCCUGGUGGGACACUGAGGGUGGGGGGAAGAUGCUGUAAUGAAACUGGUUAGUCAAUGUUGUCUUAAUAUUGUUGACAGUUCUGUAAAGUUUCUUUUGAUGAAUAUUUCUGUUUAAGCUAUUUCACCUGUUUUGAAACCCUUCCCUUUUAAGGAGAAAAUGUGACACUUGUGAAAAAGCUUGUAAGAAAGCCCCUCUUUACCCCACCUUCCCGGUCAUCCCCCUUUUUUUUUUUUUUCUUUAAACCUUUAAAGGACAAAUCUAGUAGUUAAGGUUGUGAAUUUUUAUUUUCACUUUGUUUUUAAUGAACAUUUGUCUUUCAUAAUAGGAUCGUGUGGUAAUGUCUAAAUGGCAAAAACAAUGAUUUUGUGCAAUUAACAAGCUACUGCAAGCAAAUAAAACGUUUCUUGGUAACACAA